UUAAACCAUCAGAAACCAGAGUGACUGUUCCAUUCUCAUCUGUGCUUUGAUGUAGUUCCAGGAUGAAACACAGUGUUUUAAACAUAAACACUGUAUUGGUAACACAUGUGAUCCCAGAUGUAGUUUUGUCUACUCAGUUUAGUAAUCAGGAAUCACAGAGGACAUGCAUGCAUUGUUGUACUCCUGUUGUUGGGGUUCUGUGGUUUGGAGAUGUGAGAGUGGAGGCUCUGUACAGCAAGGUAACAUUCUUGAAGUUAAACUCCAGAGGUGAGUUUAACUUUAACUUGAGCUUGAGCUCCAGUCUUACUGUUUUUCCUUCCACAGGAUGGCACUGCCACAUCAAGGAGCCUUUUCUCUGUUGUGUCCUUCAGGUGAUGCUUGAGGAACACUCUACAUGGUGUCCCUGUCACAUCUCCACAGUCACUCAGUAUCCAGUGCUUGCUUUGAAUCAGGAUGGUUGAGUAGUAAUAAGCUGUAGUCAAUUCCAGUAAUUACAUACCUGUCUGCUUUCUCCCAUUGAUCCAUUUAAUCAGGAGUAGAUUAAUUGCUUCUUCAAAAUUCCUAGUUACUAAUUUCAUGUUAUGUGAAAUAGGAGUAGUGGCUUUAGAAAUAGGAAUACUGGCCUUACCUUUUCUACAAUGCUGACUUUUCAUACUGCAAUCUAAUUUAUAAACUACCCUUUAAAAAUUUUUAUUUUAAACAUAGAUUAUUUUUUUUGUCUUGUCUCACACCUUAGGCUCUUAACACCUAUUUGCACUAUAAGGAAGAAAAGGGAAAUUCAUGUGGAUGCACUUUAUCUUUCACCUGUUACUUGGAAAUCAAAAUUCCAUGAAAGAGCUAAGAAACCAUUAGACCUUUGUUACUCUUGGGUAGAAUGUAAGAAAGCUGGAAGUUAUCAGAUUGGAACCAGAAAGGUUUAUUAAAAUUGUCUGUUUACCUUAUGGUGAUGUUUCUGUAUUUGUAAGGAUCAAGAAAUACUGAAAAUGAAAACAGAGGGGAAUGUGUUCUUACAUUGAAGAUAAUCUUUUGCUUCAUGGGACACUGGUCACUCUUAUGGUAACUGGCCCAUUUGUCUUGGUAGAACAAAACCAAUUUAGCAAAUGUUUUGUAAUAUGAGGGUGGAGAGGCAGAAGUAAGCCAACAUAAAUUGGUUUUAAAAGUGAGACAGUAUAUCAUAUUUAAAAUUACUGAUAGGCAACUCAGCAAUGAAACCAUUUCUGCUUUUAGAGCAGACUAAAAAUAGUUAAAAUGUCAGAUCACUGCUCCAUUAAUAGAUCAUAACCUUCCUCUCAGUCUUGCUCCAAGUACAGCCAUGUUGCAAGUUCCCCUGCACAUUUUAUCUGGCCAGGAAGAUCUUGUAUGCCUCUAAUCCACAAUUAUAUGCUCUAUAUUUCUAAAUUUCUCCCUGAUUGUAGAAAGAAAGAUUGUAUAAAACAUGGGGAUGAGAGCUUCCUUUCCAUGUAAUAUGAAAUUGAGAAUGUAUUAGAAGAAAUAGAACUUCUUAUUCCUCUGAAAUUGCUGAGCACCUGCACUUUGCUGUGAGAUCUUCCUUACAAGAACGCUAAUUCAGGAAGAUACAUUUUAAAAGAACUGUUUGUUGCAAACAGCAACACUCCUGAAGUUGAAACUUCCUGGCCACAGCUGAAAUAGUGUAAUCAGGCAUUACAUUAAUAUGUUUAUAUUAAUAUGAAUAACAGUGUGGUAAUUUUUGUGUGGGUAGCAUGUGGAGAAGCGAUGGUGUCUCUAUAAAAUACGCAUCUCUCAUGGAACAAAGAUGCCAAGUCUAGCCCAAUGAAAGAAAAUGCAACAGCUUAGGGUUUUUUAUACUUAAGAAUUAGUGAAGUUAGAGAGGAUGGGAAGAGAAAAGACGAAAAACUACUCAUAUUUUCCGACAAGGAACAAAGAUGAAAGUCCAGAUGGACAAAAUGAUGAUCCAUGUAAAAUUCACCUACUCACACUGAACUAAAUUUUUCUUAGCUGAUGAAUAAGUAUAGAAAAGAAGUCUGUAACUAAAAAUUAAGAUAGAAAGCAAAAAUAAGAUUUUGUAGUUCUUUCUUCAUCCUUUGGUCAUGCAGUGAGACUACAGCGUGGACAGGGGUUGUACCUGACAUGCAGCUCUGCACCACAGGUACUGCCAGAAAGACUUCAUGAGAGAAUGGUGCUCUGCUGAAAAAUGAACAUUUCAUGAAGUUAUUUCAAACUUGGAGUUAAUGGCAUCUGAAUGCAGAACUAGCAGCCACAAAACAUUGUAUUGUAAUUCCAUUUUUGGGUGUUAAGCCUGUAUUAAAAUUGGACAUCCUUUUCUAAUUAUGAUUUGUGAUGUGAGAAUUCAUCUUCUUAAAAGGCCUUGGAGGUGAAAGGCACCAUGUAUAAUAAUAAUAAUGCAUGCUUCUGAGUUGAAAAAUUUGUGUCAAAUAUAUCUUCCUCCUCCUCAGCAAAGAACAACAGCAGAAAGAAUAUUAGCAAUGUUUAUUUUCAUCAUUUAGAUACUUUCAUUGAGCUGCCUUCUGUUGUCCAGAACUAAUCAAAUCUCUGAUGUCAGAAGCAGAAGCAGGGCUUUUUACCUUCUUUUAUUUUUUAUAUUAGUUCUGCUAGUUUACUAUGAUGUUUUUAGCACAGAGAGACUAUCUAGUGGUGUCUUUCUUAGUUUAGCACAGAAGUUUUUUCUAAAAUUACUUUCUGGGCUUCACCAAUGAGUACAACUAAGAAACAGAACAAACCUGAGAGGUGUAUUUUAAGGAUUUUCUGGUGAGAAUUAGUGUCCCAUUAAUGUUUUCUGCAAAUAAAUCCUGGAAACAAUCAAGUGGUGGUUGUGUGUUUUAAUUUUAGUGCCUGUAUGCCGGUGUUGCUGGCUGGCUGACCCACCAGAUGGAGCUCUGUACUCUGAGCUGCCACAAGCUCUGAUGUCACUUUGGCCAAGGGCUCUAUUGGAGAACACCCACACAUCGUGGUAUUCCUAUCUGACAAAAAUAACACCUAAAUUCUGUUUAGUUCCUGGUCCUUCAAGUCCUUUACGACUCUAAGCCAAAAAUACAUUUACUACAUGUAGGUAAGCAAAAUUAUGCUUAGAAGAACAUUUACAAUGGCUGACAGUUUGGUUUCCUGUGUUUGUGAGACCAUCAUUAACUGCUCUGACAAAUGGAGGAAGCUAAUGAAAGAUAAUCAGUGCCACUAAUGAUGAUGAUGAUGAUGAUGAUGAUGAUAGAUAAAAAAUAAUCAGCAUAUUAGAGGCAAAUGAUUUGACAACAGCCUGUAUUAAAGAAUGUGUUAAGAAUAUAUCCUGACUGAGGAGUAAAGAUCUUGUGGAAAGAAAGUAGUAUGCUGUAUUCCUCCAUAAAAACAGAGUAAUUUCUGGGAUGGUUGGAUGCCUAAGGUGUGGGCUGGAGGAAAGGAGGAAGGGAAACUGACAGUAAGGGCACACUGUAGUAUGAAACAAUUCAUGAUUUCUUUUAGACAUUCCUUGGAUUAUUUGGAAAGGAGAACACUUCUGACAAUGCUGAUUUCUAAUUUUUGGCUGAGUAAAAACUAGGAAGGAAAGCACCUUAAAAUACAUUUCAGACAGCAGUGUUUCAGGAAAGGAGCAUUGCAGAGAGCAGCUGUGCUGAAGCUCACUCAGCACCACGGUGCCCUGCUGGGUGUAUCAGUGUGUGUGGGGAUGGAGGGGUGAAAUGUCACCAGGUCAUUGCUGCUCUUCAGCAUCCAGGGCACACCAAGGGACACCACACCUACACAUUAAAUUUGGUGACACCUCUUUUCUGUACCCAUUCCAUGCCAGAAUGGAAUGGAAACCAUUCUGAGUCUUAUAGUCAUAGGAGAAAGUCAGACUGAAUCAUUUUUAGAUUUCUUCUACAGGAAAUAUUUUCAUGAGGAAGUCUGUGACAAGCAUGGCAGUGACACACGUGUCCCUGUACUGCUUUAAGAAAAUGUUUUGUUUUCAGUAGCUGUGACAAGCUCAGUGUGGUGUCUUAACCUUCCUAAAGGCUGAGAUGCUUUCUGAUUAAAGAAUUUAGCCUAACAUCAUUUGCAAAUCCCUUGAAAGUGUAUGUGACUUUGAGACACGGAAAUUCCGAUAUUUUCACCACUAUCAUCUUGGUUUUGCAAGGAAGAAUACCACGGAUGAGAUUUGGAAACAUGUUAUAUGAAUACAUCUUAGGCAUAAAUGCCCUAGACCUAAAGUCAUCAUUUUUCUCUUUUUGUUGGUUAUAUCAUGGCUGGAAAUCAGUCUGGCCAAGUUCUUGUGUUUAAAAUGAGCAAAUGUCCUGUAUUCAACACUUCACAGAAUGGCAGCAGAAACAGUAGUAUGCAAUGAAUUUAAAGUAAAUGCAAACAUGUGUUAGGUGGGUUUUUCAAAGAGUUAAAAAGAAAGAAAGAGCACAUCAAAAAUUAUGAUGUACAACAUUCUGGCUGUUUAACCUAAAAACAUAUUCCAAGCAAACUAUUUUUAAGGAAAAGUAAACACAACAACUUCUCAUAUUGAAAUGAAGCUCUUCCCUACUUCUUCCAGUAUAUUUGAGAAAUAAAAUGUAGAGCUCUUCGUUUUGGAAAGGGGAGGAAAAAGCUACCCUAACCCUAAUCAUUGCCCUGCAGAGACUGAACUACUGAGCUACAGUUUCUAGAUUUAUUUACUUUAUACAGCAAAGGGAAGAGGAAUAACAACAAUGUAAAAAGUCUGAAAAACCUUUGGAAAACACAACAGCCAAAGUUUCAAAUAUGGAUGGAGGCAGAAGCAGGUUUUAAUCACAAUUGUUAGGAAAAACUGCAGAAAGGCUUGUCAGGUUGCAAUUCAUUGUGGUCUUGUCUAUCACCAUUUGUUGCCAGGCUCAAAAAUUAGGUAGAUAUGAGAGGUUUUUUGCAUAAAAGUUUUAGAAUAUUGUCACUAACCCACCCCCACACACCCAUUUUAUUUCACACUGACAAAAGCUGAGAUGAAUGAGUUGUCUGGCCCUUCCCACUUUGUAUAGUCAUUGGCUGGCUUGGUUCUAAAAGGGAUUUUAAAAAGGGGAAUAAUGUGCCUUUGCCUGGGAUCUGAGAGUGUCAGGGUGCUGAAAAGCUGGUCUGUGAGCUGCCACCAUGCAGAUCUCUUGGGCUGUGUGCGCUGUCUGUGUCGUGACACAAAUCACAUUUCAGUCUGUGCAAGGGUGGCAGAUGUUUAAAAAUGAUGCUACAGAAAUCAUUCCUGAGAUCACUGAAAAUACAGAAACCCCGAUGGAGCCGACUUUCAGCAACAACAACACAAUGAAUCAGGCAAAACAUGGAGGAAGACACAUACAACAAGCUCCAGAGCUGAACGAUGCCUCCGAGUUCAGCUGCAGGGAGAUGCGCACCACGCGCUACGUGACGGACGGGCCAUGCCGCAGCCUGAAGCCGGUCAAGGAGCUGCUGUGCUCGGGCCAGUGCGAGCCCUCGCACCUCCUGCCCAACUCCAUCGGCAGGGGCAAGUGGUGGAGGCACAGCUCCCUGGAUUAUCGCUGCAUCCCUGCCCACACCCGCACCCAGCGCAUCCUCAUGGCCUGUCCCCAGCAGGAGACUCGGACUUACAAAUUCCGAGCGGCCACGUCCUGCAAGUGCAAGCGCUACACUCGCUACCACAACCAGUCCGAGCUCAAGGACUUCGGCAAGGAGACCCCCCGGCCCCAGAAGAACAAGAAGCCACAUCUGUCCAGAGCCAGGAGCGCCAAAUCCAACCAGCACGAGCUGGAAAAUGCUUAUUAGGAGGUGGCUCUGGGUGACACGGACUAGCAGCUCUGGAUGUUUUCUGAACCAUCAAAAGGCACUCAGAGGCCACAGCACGAUGUUCUGACUGCAGUAGGUUCCAAUUCCUUCUGCUAAGCUGGGUCAAAGGCUCACAUAGGCAAAAAUCUAUCAGAUUAUAGCAUUUAUGGUCUGAUAAGAGGAUGAGAGAAAGCGAGCUGGAGGGAGCUGCAGGUGCCCCUUGGAGGCCCUUGGAGUUUGUGUGUCCUGUACGAGUAGGAAGGCAGAGGAAAGUGAAGCUGUUGUGGUGACAAUCACGCUUUGCUAAAAACCCCUCCACUCACUUCAUGUGAAAAGAAUAUUGAGAUUCCAUUCCCAGACAACGAUGCAGGACAAGCUUGCAAUUAGGGAAGCACCAGGAGAGUUAGCACUCUCCAAAGGAGCCAUAGAAAGUUAGGGGUAGCAGGGAUUUCAGGUUAUGGUGAAUUAAAUCAAAUUGUUGGAAAAUUAACACACUAUCAGAUGUCCUCGUGCGCCAGGUGUUUCCUCUCGAACACAGAAAUCAAAAUAUGACACUAGUGUUCUCAAAACAGAAGUAAAAGUGUGACAAAUCUAUUUCAUACUUUUAAUUAAAAGAUUAUGGGGUCGACAAAUUCAAAACUGAGAUUUGGCAAGUAAAACCAUAUUGAUUUAGGAACAAUGCUUUGUUUGAGCAAUUCAACAAAUUCUUCUAAGUGGAGCUGAUUUAUGAAAAAGAUGCUCCUCUCAAGCUAGAUAACCUCUCUGAUGUUUGUCCUGUAAACAGCUAACAUUAUACCUAGUUUAACAUAGAAGAUACUGAUUAUUCCUUAUUUCCUAGAACACAUUUGACUUUAAUAUCAGCUUAGAUAUGUCCAUUUACAUUUUCUAGUCUGUAGUUUGGAUUAUCUGGCCACACACUCUGUAGCACUAAAACUGUGCAAGCCAAGCUCUGUGAGAAAGGUGGUGGUUCUGCAAUAAAAGUGAGCCUCUGCUGAGUCAUUAAUUCCUCUAGAAAAGUCUUUAGGAUAUGCAGCUUUGAUAAAUCUUUAGUUUGGCAGCAACUUUCCUUUGCUUAGCUUCUCAACACUCAGACUAAUGUUUGUGUUUUUACAUUAAAGAAUACUGUUAGAAAGUGAAUUGUCACAUACUGCAUAUGUCCUGUAGAAUUUAUGCUGAAAUAAUAUAAAUUGUGGAAAUUUGCAAUGUUGAUAGAUUUUUCGGUUAUUUUAUGUGAGACCAGAAUCUAGAGAGAAAAGGUAUCAUUUCAGAGAAUGAAUUAUGUAUUUAUUUUUUUUUUCCCAGAAAUUAUUUAUGCAAUGUUUUAACUUGUAGAGAAUGAGAAGUAAUACUGCUUUAAAAAUAUUUGUCUGUUAUUUUUAAUUUUAAAUACAUUGUUAAUAAAGUAGAAAUAAUGAUUAAUUAUAGAAAGACUCAUUGAUUUUCAGCUACACUAUAAUGCUGAUUUCCUGCAAAGCCAGGGAUUUACAGAACAGUCAGGGUGUCAAGUCCAGUUUCAGUGAUCAGAAAUGUCGAGGUCCUUAAUUUUAACAUCCUACACAUCCCUAAAGAAACUCCACCCUGGAACUCCCUGCCUCAUGGAAAAGAUCUUCCUGGGCAGAUGAGUAGCUCAGAAUUAUUUCUGUAUUCUCA